AUGGGCUACUACGACGACGACGGUAACUACCACUCCUUCCGUCGUGGUGUGGAACGCGCUGCCGACCGCAUCAUGCACCCCUUCCAUCACCAUGACCACCAUCAUCAUCAUGGCCACCAUGAUCAUGACCAUCAUCACGAACGCCAGGAUGUUGUCGUCGCUGACGAUCGCGGACCAGUUCGAUUCCGGGACGGUGUUCGUGAGGAUGUGCGCAUCGUUGAGCCUCGUGCUGGCGGUGGCGCCACCACCGAAUCCGUGCCCAUCCCCUGCCAUUUCGUGCGCAUCGGCGACAUCCUGAUCCUCCAGGGCCGUCCCUGCCAGGUGAUCCGUAUCUCCGUCUCCCCUCAGACCGGCCAGCACCGCUACCUGGGUGUCGACCUCUUCACCCGUCAACUGCACGAGGAGUCCAGCUUCAUCUCCAACCCUUCGCCCUCCGUUGUGGUCCAGACCAUGCUUGGUCCCGUCUACAAGACCUACCGCAUCCUGGACUUGCGUGACGACGGCAAGCUCGUCGCCAUGACCGAGUCCGGUGACGUCAAGCAGGGUCUGCCCGUCGUGCCCCAGGGUCACCUCUUCCGUCGCAUCCGUGAGGCGUUUGAGGAUGGCCGUGGCAGCGUCCGCGCCCUGGUCAUCAACGACGGUGGUCGCGAGCUGGUGGUGGACUACAAGGUGAUCCACGCUUCCCGCCUGUAG